AUGUCAUCAGACGGGUACUUUGAGGAUGAUAUUGACCAGGAAAUUUUGAACCAGCUUGAUGUUAUAGAAGCCUCUCAGCUCGCAUCGUCAUCCACCCCCGCCCCACCAGCUGCGCGCGCACGAGCCCGUGGCCCACCUGCCCCUGUGGUUGCAGAUGACUCGGACUAUGACAUGGCUUUUGAUGUCGACGAGCAGGAGCUCCAGAAGCUCGACGUGCUAAUCGAACACGCAUACCACCCGCGACCCGCGACCAAACCACACUCGAACGGUGUCUGUCGACAGCCUUCGAAGGGUGGCAUACAGACUACCCUCUUUGGCGGAAUCGCGGACACGUCAACACCAAGCAAAUGCGAGGGGUCGUCCAAGCGCCCAUUUCAACGUUCCAAGUCCACGGGACUGCAUCCCAAGAAGACAAAGGUAUGGGAUCACACUGCUUAUGCGAAGUCGGGGCCAAGGAAACGAAAGUCAGACAAGGGGAAGGGGAAAGCUGGAGAUGAUGUAGACGAACAUGAGGAGGAAGUUGAGUUUGAGCAAUUUCCAGCACCUUUACAAUCAAUAGUCGGUUUCUCCGCCUCUCGUCAGACCCCACCGAUGAAGCAGCAGCCGGAUCUGCUCGCCACGAAACACUGGUUGUUCCCUCUGAACCAACCUAGGCGUGAUUAUCAGUUCAACAUCGCGAAACACUGUCUCUUCGACAAUACGCUUGUUGCACUGCCGACCGGUUUGGGCAAAACCUUCAUUGCUGGUGUAGUCAUGCUCAAUUAUUAUCGCUGGUUUCCUGAAGGCAAGAUCGUGUUCGUAGCGCCUACGAAGCCUCUCGUUGCCCAACAAGUUGAAGCCUGCCAUCGAACCUGUGGUAUUCCUGGUCGGGAUGCUGUCGAGCUAACCGGUAACAACCCGAGAGCGAUGAGAGCGCGAGCAUGGGAGACUAAACGAGUGUUUUAUAUGACUCCUCAAACGCUAUUUAACGACCUGAAGACCGAAAAUUGCGACAUACGAGACAUAGUUCUCCUUGUCAUCGACGAGGCUCAUAAAGGCACGGGCGACUAUGCUUAUGCCACAGUGGUCCGCAUUCUCAUGGCAAAGAAUCCGCAUUUCCGGGUGCUAGCACUGACUGCAACACCUGGAAGCACACCAGACGCUGUGCAAUCCAUUAUUGACGCGCUGCAUAUAAGUCGAAUCGAACUAAGAGACGAAGAAAGCUUAGACAUAAGAUCGUACGUCAACAAGAAGAAAGUGGAACAGCACAUUAUACCCAUGAAUGAGAGCAUCGCCAAAUUGCGCGAUCUUCUGGCGAAAGUAAUGAAGGCUCCUCUUGAUUCAGUAGCGAGUGUUGGUCUAGUCCAUGGCGGCAACCUUGACCCCGUCAUGUUUCACCCCUUUCGCGCCCAGAUGGCAAUGCAGGAAAUUAAUUCUCGGAGAGAUAGUCGGCAACUGACUUGGGCAUUCCCAACUUUGAAAACGAUAGGAGCCUUGGCCAGGGCGAUGGGUUAUCUGCUCGAGGCAAGUCCGUCGAUGUGUUAUAACUCGCUCCAAACAGCCGCAUCGGGCGACGCCGAAGCCGGUUCGGGGAAACCGUCGAAACCUAAUAAACUAGCCAAGGAUCCUAAUUUCCAGGUGCUCAUGUCCGAAUUGGAGAGGCAAAAGGUCGAGGGAUUUGCCGUACAUCCGAAGAUGGAGAAGCUCAAGACGCUUGUGAUACAACACUUCGGACAGAGGAUGGGAGACGCUGAGGUGAACGAAGAGGAACAAGCCCAGGACACGAAGGUCAUGGUUUUUGUGUCAUUUCGGGAAGCGGUUGACGAGAUCGUGGAGUUUCUCAAUCAAGAGUCGCCGCUGAUCAGAGCGACGAGGUUUAUCGGGCAAGGCGUCGACAAGCGGGGAAACAGAGGUUUCGCCCAGAAGGAACAGUUAGGCGUGAUCAAACAAUUCAAAGCCGGUGAAUUCAAUGUUCUCGUAUCCACGUCCAUUGGAGAAGAGGGUUUGGACAUUGGCGAGAUUGAUAUGAUUGUCUGCUAUGAGGCCCAGAAGACGCCGAUUCGUAUGUUACAACGGGUUGGACGAACUGGUCGCAAACGGGACGGCUUUGUUCAUGUUUUGCUUGCUCAAGGUCGGGAAGAACUGAAUUGGAAUAAAGCGCAAGAGUCCUAUGCAGAAGUCCAGCAGAGCAUUGUCAAAGGCGACCAACUCGAGUUCUACAGCGAUGUCGAGCGUCUCUUGCCCGAACACGUCAAGCCAGAAGCGCUACCUAUGAUGAUGGACAUCGAGGAAUAUGAGCGUGAUACGAGAGAGAAAACAGCCAAGCCGACACAACAAGGAGCGAAGAAGCGGAAGCGGAACGAUGACGCUCAAAGAAACAUCCCGACUGGAGCGAGUCUUGGAUUCGUUAGCGUGGCGGAUUUGAUUGCGAAGCAGGGCCGGAAGAAGCGCAAGACAACGGAAAAAGAGUACAAUUUUGAUCCUGCAGCCGGGAAGGAUGAUUCCACGGAUGAAGAAAUUGAGGCAGGCGUAUUUGGGCCAAAACGGAGCGUCUCGACCCCCAUCACCGCAGUGGAAGGACCUUCGAGACCUAAGGGCAAGACAAAGAGGGCGAAGUCCAUGGCAGGGAAAGCAGACAAGCCAAAGAAGACCAAAGAAGUUACAUCGACGUCUGCGCGUAAAAAGGGUAAAGCUACGAAGUCAGCACUUUCAAAGCUCACUCUUAGCCAAUUUGAUGCUACGGGCGCUGAUGACUCGGAAGACUUCGAGAUCGAGAAAGGCAUUGUCUUCGACAGAUCACGAAGUAAGACCAAGUCCCGGUCUCCAUCUCCGUAUCUGUCGCACGAGCGCCGACCGUCUUCUCCUGAUCUUCCUUUGGCUCAGGCGUUUUCGUACUCCACCAUCGACAUCUGCACUUCCUCAGAUCCGGACACACGAUUUGAUAGGCCUUCUCCUGCUAGCGUUCCGGCAAGAUCAUUGCAAUUUAGUGUCGAGCCUGUCAUCGUUGGCACGCAAAGCUCUCAAAAAUCUGCUGUUGUUUCUAUCGGUCUCCCAACACCUGAACAAUCCACGACUGCUUCGUCGAAUCGCAAUCCUUCCAAUACUCCCGACGACAGUGAACGCGAUCUCGCUUGGCUUCUUGCCGACUCGGAUGACGAUCUCGACGCAAAUCACAAGUCUUCUCCUCGUCAGAUGUCGACACCUGCGGACAACUCUGAUAUCGAGAUUGUCUACGAUGGUACAGCUGAGGUCACCUUGGAUUCCACCAAUCUCUCAAGCUCGCCGGCCGAACCGAAAUUCUCAGGUCCUCUGGAGCGGAGUAACUCUGCAUGUGCAAUGCCACCACCUCUUUUCACUCCAGCGCGUGCGCUCCUUUCAAGUUCUACUUCUUCACUGCUGGAGGAGGCCCCAGAGCCGAGUUUUGCUAUUCGGGCUGCAGGAAAGGGCCGGAAACGUGUCGUUACGGUCGACUCUUCCCCACUCGACAUGCCCCCUCUUUCGCAGAAACACCUCCGUCACGCACGUGAACCAACGUCCCCUACUCCACCUCGUCCUAUGAAGCGUAAGAAGGUCAAGAUUCAGGACAUGGCCGUCGCCGGGAAGGUCAAUCCCUGGAUCGAUGUAGAGGCGGGCCAUUCUGGAGGCGAGGUCAGCGGAGGAUCGUCCGACGCAGAGAACAUAGAGCUCGAAAGCGAGUCUGACCAGCUAUUCCUGAAAGAGCCACCAGAGACGCAAAUAUCUCCGUCGUACGACCAGCUCGCGGCCUAUCGCCUGAGUCUACUUUCGCAGGCUCCCCGAGGCGGAAAAGUGCCUGUGUUUGCCAACCCCGUGCGUAGGCGCGGAACUUUCUAUGCCGCCAGCGGUUCCUCGAGGCCGCGCCGAAGGAUCGUCUCUAGCUCCCCGCCUCCAGAGGGUGACGGUGGCUCGGACGAAUACGCGUUAGGUAGUUUUGUGGUGGAUGAUGAUACAGAGAUAUCUUUCAUCCAGUCAAGCGAAUCCUGAGCCUUAACCCUAUGCUGACUGCAGUUAUUUGUAUCCUUAAUCCACUCAUCUUAUCGUUGUUACACGACGUCAAUGCGAUACAAGUGGCGACAUCGAUUUCAGCCGCUGCGCCUUGUGCUUUCUAU